UGUCCUCCAUCCCGGCCAAAUCCGAAAAGGAAAAUGAAAGAGGGAGCAGGAGGCGCCGGUCCCAGCCACCUCCCAAGGUCCCUGGCUCAGCUCUGACACCCCAGCCCCGGCUCCAGGCGCCAUGGGGGAGUGGGCGUUCCUGGGCUCCCUGUUGGACGCCGUGCAGCUGCAGUCGCCGCUCGUGGGCCGCCUCUGGCUGGUGGUUAUGCUGAUCUUCCGCAUCCUGGUGCUGGCCACGGUGGGCGGCGCCGUGUUCGAGGACGAGCAAGAGGAGUUCGUGUGCAACACGCUGCAGCCGGGCUGUCGCCAGACCUGCUACGACCGCGCCUUCCCGGUCUCGCACUACCGCUUCUGGCUCUUCCACAUCCUGCUGCUCUCGGCGCCCCCGGUGCUGUUCGUCGUCUACUCCAUGCACCGGGCGGGCAAGGAGGCGGGCGGCGCGGAGGCAGCGGCGCCGUGCGCCCUCGAGCGGCCCGAGGCCCAGUGCGCGCCGUGCGCCCUGCGCACCCGCCGCGCGCGCCACUGUUACCUGCUGAGCGUGGCGCUGCGCCUGCUGGCGGAGCUGACCUUCCUGGGCGGCCAGGCGCUGCUCUACGGUUUCCGCGUGGCCCCGCACUUCGCGUGCGCCGGCCCGCCCUGCCCGCACACGGUCGACUGCUUCGUGAGCCGGCCCACCGAGAAGACCGUCUUCGUGCUCUUCUACUUCGCCGUGGGGCUGCUGUCGGCGCUGCUCAGCGUAGCCGAGCUGGGCCACUUGCUCUGGAAGGGCCGCCCGCGCGCCGAGGAACGCCACAACCGCUGCAGCCGUGCGCACGAGGAGGCGCAGAAGCUGCUCCCGCCGCCGCCGCCGCCCCUGCCCUCCGGGAGCUCAGACCCCGAGCCCUGCGCCCCGCCCGCCUAUGCGCACCGGGCGUCCGCCAGCCACCGCGACGGCGGCAGCGGCCGCGGCAAGGCGUCACCGGCCACCGGCCGCGGAGACCUGGCCAUCUAGCGGCGGGCCCUGCCUCGCGCGGGCUGGACGGCGAGGGCCGGACCCGGUCACCUAAGUCUGCACCGCAGAAGCCAGAAGCCGCUUCCGCCGGAGCUGUCGCGGGACCUGCCCCGGCCGGAGACGAGCCGUAGGGACGGCCCGCAGGCCGCAGCGCUCUUGCCUCGGACUGCCUCCCAGCGGCUGCCUGCGGCACCUGGGGCCGGCCGAGCUGUGGGCGGAGGAUGAACUCAGGCAGGUCCGGGUGGAAAGGAAGAGAGUGGACCCGAGGCGGAAAGCAGAGCGGAAGGUGGAGGGUGGUGGUUUUACUAGGGACGAAAACAACUGAUGCCAGCGUUCUCAGGCACUCCCGUGUUCAGAGAGAGCGCCCCUCCCCGUGUGGGCCCGCCGUGAGUGUGCACACGCGGACACAUACGCACUGUGAGCUGUGUGCGCUCGCACAUGUACCCCGUGUGGGCGCCGUGCAUGUGCGCGCAUGUGUACAGCCUGCGUGAAGCCCACUCGUGCGCACAGACCCACGUAAACCCCCAGUGAGCUGUGUGUGUGCACAUGCACACAGACACAUGUGUGCCCCCGUGAGAGCUGUGUACACACAUUCUUGUGAGCUUUGUGUGAGUCCAUUGUGCACACACACACUGUCCAUCCUGCGCGGGCUGCGUGUGCACACCUAGACACAUAAACAUCCUUAUUCGCUAGUGCGCAUGUGGACAUCCUGCGUGACCUUCGUGUGUGUGUGUGUGUGUGUGUGUGAGAGAGAGAGAGAGAGAGACAGAGAGAGAUAUCUCUGCUACGCCCCGCAGAGGUGGCCAGGAUCCGAUGCCAGCAGCAGCCACAACGGCUCCCCUCCACCACCCUAAACCAGCUGAUCUGCCAGCGCAUUGCAGGUGGUCUGUCCCCUCCCGAGAGACCUGUCGGGGAGACAAGAGGUGGAGAGGCGUCCCUUCCCCCGGCAGGCCUCACUCCUCAGGGGUCUGUGAACACAUCCUCCCUGUCCGCCUUGUGUCGAGGUGG